AUGAGAGACAAUUUCGGUUUUACUCAAGAAGAUAUAGGAUUAGAAAAGUUUAAGGAGCUGAGUGAUCUGGUAUCAUCUACACAACGAGGAGAGUUAGACCCAGCGAGAAAAUGGCUAUCAAAUAAUCGAGAAGAAUUAGGAGAUAAGGCAAAGCAGUUAGAAUAUUGUUUAGCCAAACUUGAUUUUUUGUCUACAAUACAAAGAGAACCGGUGGAUCCAGCUUCUGUCAUUCAGAGUGCUCGAAAACUGGUACCUUUUGCAUCGGAUUACUCGUCAGAUUUCGAACAUCUUAUGGGUAGUUUGGUUUUUAUUGGACGCAGCUUAGAGAAUACUCCAUAUGCUGACUUGGCCCUUCCAACUAGUUCGACGAAAGUGUCUCCUGAAAGUUCUCAAGUGGUCACAACUCCUGAAGAUGUUUUAAUGACGGAUGAUGAAUAUCCCCUCUCAAUAUCACCAGCAACAUCUAAACCGAAAACAGAUGGUAACAAUGCUUUGACAGAAGCAGCGAAUUUAUUUAAGUCAUGUUGUUGUUAUCAUCUAAACUUAUCAGACACUGAUCCACUACUCACUGCAUUUUCCUGUGGAUGUCGUGUACUUACUCGACUUCAUUCGUUACAACGUGCAAUCGCUUGCCUUAGUAAAUAUAGUUCACUGGAUGGUGACAUGUUACCAAUCGCUGUUAAGCUGGAUCCUAGUGCACAUCGUCAUAAUAUCUUCCACUGCCCUGUUAUCAAGGAAGUAAUCUCUGAGUCGAAUGACGGGAGUACUGGAGGCGGCCCUGUACGCUUAACAUGUGGUCAUGCUAUAUCACGAGAUGCAUUCAACUCAUUGGCUAGUGGAGAUCGAAGUCGCAUGAAAUGUCCUUAUUGUCCUGUGGAAACAUUUAAAAAUCAAGUAUUGGAUCUUAUAUUCUAAAAAAGAAGAAAAUCAUCUACAUCUCUUAUAUUUGCUUGUAUUUGUGUAUUAUCUAUGCUAACACAAUUGUAUUCAUAUAAUAUUAUACUACAGAAAGAUCAAUUCUAGGCAGCAAAUAAUACCAACCUUAUCUAUGAACAUAAACAAAGCUGUAUUGUGAUAUGAUGCUGAUGCUAUGAAAUAUUGCGCAAAUAUUCUCUAUUGUAUUAUAAUUGUAAUGUAAGCUGUCUUCCUUUUGUGAACUUCCAAUCAAAGUGUUUCUCACUUAACUAUCCAUUAUAAGCAUAAAAUCAAUUCAGUGAUUCAAUCUAAUGUGUAGUAGUUACAUUCAUUUCAUUACUUUUUUUUUGUUUUGUUUCAAAUCAUUUCAUUUAGUUUUAUAUAGAUAAGCUGCUGUGUUCAAAGCAUUUGCCGUAUCAUAAUUGUGUUGGAUACGAUGUUUUGUCAUUUUAAUAUAUUUGCUUAUUGUCAUCAUUGUUCUUAUCUCAUCAUUAUUAUUAUUAUGCUUUUUUUUCACUGAGUCCAAUUUAUUGUACUAUCAAAAUACAAUUGUUAAAGUACAAAUUUAUGUAAUGACAUAUAUAUAUAUAUAUAUAUAU